ACUUGGUGCUAUUUGGGUGCCUCGGUCAAAGAUAGUUCUUCUAAGGUACAUUUUCAUGUGUAGAAACACCUCCAGGGCUGCAGAAAGAGUGGAUAAGGUUCAUCAUCUCUUCAAGUACUUCAAUCCAAGACUUGGCAUUCUCCAGGCAAAAAAAAUCAUUUACUAAAACAGAAGAAACCCGGGGGUUAAAAGUUAUAUAACAUUGUAUACUAUAGCUUGCUUUAACACCCCUUAACAACUCUAAACCUUUGAGGCAGAACAUUUGGGUACAUUAUAUAAAUACUGUAAGCAAGAGGAGAGUCUUCACAGUCAUCCCGGAGAAUACGUACACAGUGUAAAAUAGAGCCAUAAAUUAACUGCAAAGGAAACUCUGAAUACUCCCACAAGUCGAAGAUGUCACGCUGGGGACGCAAGAAUGUCAAGAAGGCCCCUGAGGUGAUCAAGACAGUGACCGAGGGCCUCAAGUCCCUCUAUCGAAAGAAACUCCUUCCUCUGGAGCAAUACUACUGCUUCCAUGACUUCCACUCGCCGAGUCUGGAGGAUGCCGACUUUGACAACAAACCCAUGGUGCUAGUGGUUGGGCAGUACUCCACAGGAAAGACUACCUUCAUCAAGUAUCUGCUGGAACAGGACGUCCCAGGGAGUCGUAUAGGGCCGGAGCCCACCACCGAUUGCUUCACCGCUAUCAUGCAUGGAGACAUGGAGGGACUCAUUCCUGGAAAUGCCCUGAUAGUAGAUCCCAACAAACCCUUCCGGAAGCUCAACCCCUUCGGAAACACCUUCCUCAACAGAUUCCAGUGUGCUCAGAUGCCCAACCAGGUUCUGGAGAGCAUCAGCAUCAUUGACACCCCGGGCAUCCUCUCCGGUGCUAAACAGAGAGUGAGUCGAGGAUAUGACUUUCCAGCAGUUCUCCGCUGGUUUGCUGAACGUGUGGACCGGAUCAUCCUUCUCUUUGAUGCUCACAAGUUGGAGAUCUCGGAUGAAUUCUCGGAGGCCAUCGGGGCUCUCAAGGGCAAUGAAGACAAACUCCGUGUUGUGCUGAACAAGGCUGAUAUGAUUGACACCCAGCAGCUCAUGCGGGUGUAUGGAGCUUUAAUGUGGUCUCUGGGGAAAGUGUUUGGUACUCCUGAGGUUCUGAGAGUGUACAUCGGAUCCUUCUGGUCUGAACCUCUUAUGGUGACCGACAAUCGCAAGCUGUUUGAGUUGGAGGAGGAAGACCUGUUUACUGAUAUCCAGAAUCUGCCACGCAACGCAGCCCUACGCAAACUUAAUGACUUGGUCAAGAGGGCCCGUCUUGUGAGGGUGCAUGCCCAUAUCAUCAGUUACUUGAAGCAAGAGAUGCCGUCUGUCUUCAGGAAGGACAAUAAGAAGAAGAACCUGAUCUACCAGCUCCCGGUCAUCUUCUCCAAGAUUCAGCUACAGCAUCAUAUCUCUCCUGGAGACUUCCCUGAUUGUGCCAAGAUGCAGGAACAGCUAAUGGCACAUGACUUCACCAAGUUCAAAGCCCUGAAGCCCAACCUGAUGGCUAUGCUGGAUGAGUUGUUGUCUACCGAUAUUGCCAAACUCAUGCCCCUUCUUAGGCAGGAAGAAAUAGAGGCUGGGGUCCAACUUGGGGUCCAAGGUGGGGCUUUCUUGGGAUCCCGUGCCGGACCCUUUGUGGAAGGCGACCCCUUUGGCGAGACUGCGGCUGAAAAUGGUGAAGUGGGUGAGGAGGAUGAGGAAUGGGUGGUGACAAAGGACAAGCCCAAGUAUGAUGAGAUCUUCUACAACCUAGUGCCGAACGAAGGCAAACUAAGUGGCACCAAGGCCAAAGAUUGGAUGGUGAGCACACGGCUGCCAAACUCUGUGUUGGGCCGCAUCUGGAAGCUCUCGGAUGUGGAUCGUGACGGCAUGCUGGAUGAUGAGGAGUUUGCUCUGGCCAGCCAUCUGAUUGAAGUGAAACUGGAGGGUCACGGGCUGCCCCCUGAGCUGCCUGCCCGUCUCGUACCUCCAUCCAAACGCCGACAAACAGGCUCUGAUGCUUAGACAAUUCGCCCACGUGGCUUCCAAUGAUCCUUGUCUGCACUUCCUGCAUUCUGUCCAGCUCCACAGCAGCUGCAGUGCAUCUCCGUUCACUGUAUUUUCGUGUCAUUUUGUACUCUGGUCAUUUUGUAACAUGCAAUUAAUCUCUUACUUUGUAUUCUUGGUUCAAAUGCAAUGAUUCCCAGCUGGAAGCCAAAGAGUGUUGUGAUAAACCAAAGACUGGUCUCAGUAAUUUGGAAAGAAUGUUGCAUCUGUCACCAUUCUUUUCCUGACGGUAAAAUCAUAUGACAUCGCAUCCAGAAAUGCUACACAAUUAUAAUGGCUCCCAAACUAAGGGAUAGCAAGACAAAAAAAAAAAAAAAGACUCUUGUAGAUAACUGACAUUUACAGUAUUUUCAUCAUUGUAGAAAUCUAUAGACUUGGCUUUUAAUGUAGUCAGCUAAAUCAGAAUGUGAAGUCAAGGCAAGCACUUAAAACUCUGAAACUCUUUGGACAGCAGACCCAAGGAGGCAAGUGAAAAGCCUUUCUGAAAUUUCUUUUUGGAACAUUUAAUUUAGUGCUGUCAAACGAUUAAUCGCGAUUAAUUGCAAUCAAAAUAAAAGUUUUUGUUUACAGUGUACUGUAUAUAUUUAUAAAAUGUAUAUAUAAAUACACAAAUGUGCAUAUAUAUAUAUUUAAGAAAAAUAUGUUGUUUAUAUAUAUAUAUACAAUAUAUUUAUAAAAAUAUACAAUCAGAAGAAUAUACAUAUAUGCAUGUCAAUACAUGUAAAUAUUUUCAAAAUAUAUACAUGCAUGUGUGUGUAUUUAUAUAUACAUAAUAAAUAUACACUGUACGCAAAUAUAUAUUAUAUAAACAAAAACUUUUAUCUUGGAUGUGAUUAAUCGUGGUUAAUCAUUGAUUGCACUAAUUGAAAUCAGUUUACUAGCAUGUUGCUGUCAUUGCUUUAAAAUCAAAAAUGAGAUAUGCUUAUAUGUGAUUGGUUUUGUUUUUUGUCUUUUUUUAUAGAAUGAGCUUUAUGCAUACUAUGAAAGAAUGUCUAUAUAUAUAUAUAUAUAUAUAUUUAUAUAUAUAUAUAUAUAUAUAUAUAUAUAUAAUUUCAUACGUUAAAGCAAAAAAGUGGAGAUUUCUUACUGACUACUGUAAACAGUUCCACUAACUGCUUCAUUUAUCCAAUGUUUUCACAGUAAAUAUAUUGAGCUGAAUAAAGACCCUUUGACUGUA